GUCACUGCAUCGCGGACUCGCCGACGGUGCAUUCGGCGCGCGCCAUCGGCCUCGUCCUCGCGGCGCUGGCGACGGCCAAGGGGCUGGAGUUAACCGCGGUGCUCAAGUACACGGUCGCCAGCCGCGGCCUGGGCCACGCCAUGUGGAGCUGCGACUACCACACCAUGGGCGCGGCCCUCAUCCGCCUCUUCAAGAUGCUCCGCCCUUCCCGUCUCCGCGGGCCCGCGCCCGACCCCUCCACGUUCCUUACCCUCUCCAAGGACAUCAUCGGCCAGACGAACAUGUGCAUCAAAAACCUCGACGACGUCGCCGUCGAGUUGAUGCACUGGAGCCAGUACAAGAUCUACUCGCUCCUUCCCCCCAGCAUCCUCCGCGCGGUCCUCAACAACUGGCCGAAGAACGGCGGCAACAAGUUCAACAGGCUCUUCCCGGCCUUGGGCCCCGAAGAACGCAAGGCGAUCAAGGCCGCACUCAACCUUUAG